UAAUUCUCUGUCUUAAAAAAAAUCUCAGAAAGGCGAGAAGGCCAACAACCCUCAUCUCCUAAAUCUGAAUGGCGCUGCGAUUUUGUUUCUUCUCUUUGCUGCCGUUCUUUACUCUUGACCAUCUCCAGGUGGCGUCGGCAGCGCCGCCCUCACAGGCCUUCCCCUCUGGGCUCGAAAUUCUUCAGAAUCGAACCGGUUACAAAUUCAAGUCAGUGGAUCUGCUGCGUCAGGCGAUGACCCACCCCUCUUACUCCCUCGAUAAUAACCAUGCCCUUAGCUUGCUCGGCCUCAACGCCAUGGAAGCCGCUGCCGCGCUCAACCUCGUCGGUGUAGACCCAAAUGCCUCCCCGGCAGCUGUCAAUGCCAGGAUCGCGAAAAUUUCCGGCUUCAACGACUGCGUGUCCAAUGGUAAGCGGCUUGCGAUUGAGAGUCUGGUGCGCGUAGCCAAGAAGACCAGUGCCUCGUCGCCGAAUGUCAUCUGCAGUGCAUACAGGGCGAUAUACGGCGCAAUUGCUGUCGAUGCCGGUGGACUGGAUGCUGCUUCUAAGGCUCUGUGGAGGAUUCUGGAUGGUGGAGUCUAUGCAUCCUAGGUCGACGGUCCCCGCCCACUAUUACCGCUAACGGUAUCUAAGUAGAACUUUCCUGUGUUUACUUGGAGGUUUUUAGUUAGGUGUAUUUUGGAUUUUUAAGGUUACAAAAAUAUCAGUGUAAUAUAUUAUAUAUUAUGUAUUUUGUGGUACUAUUAUAUGACAAUAGUCGAAUGUUAUUUUAAUUUUAAAUAACCCCUAAGGUAUUUAAGUUGC